AUGGCUCUGUCUUGGAGGAGCUGGCUGGCCAACGAGGGGAGCAAGCACCUCUUUCUGUUUUUCUGGCUCUCCCUCAAUGUAUGGUUCUUCGGGAAAACCUUCCUGCUCUAUUACCAAGGGCUGCAGUAUUAUUAUUUGCAUCAGAUGUUAGGGCUAGGAUUGUGUGUUAGCAGAGCUUCAGCAUCUGUCCUCAAUCUGAACUGCUGCCUGGUCCUUCUACCAAUGUGCCGUGUUCUCUUGGCCUUCCUGCGAGGCUCUCAGAGGGUUGCCAGCAGGAAGACCAGAAGACUGUUAGACAAAAGUAAAACUUUCCAUGUAACGUGUGGUGUUACAAUAUGCAUCUUUUCAGUCUUACAUGUUGCUGCUCAUCUGGUGAAUGCUCUUAACUUCUCUGAGAACUACAAUGAAGACUUUCCGGCAAUAAAUGCAGCAAACUAUCGUGGUGAGGACCCAAGGAAACUGCUUUUUGCUACUGUUCCAGGUCUGACUGGAGUCAUUAUGGUGUUAGUAUUAUUCCUAAUGUGUACAGCUUCUACAUAUGCCAUCAGGGUUUCAAACUAUGACAUCUUCUGGUAUACACACAACCUUUUCUUUGUCUUCUAUAUACUGCUGAUGCUGCAUGUUUCUGGGGGAGUGCUCAAGUACCAGACCAACUUAGAGGAACACCCUCCUGGUUGCUUUAAUCCUAACAAAACACUCCGACAGAAUAUGACAAUGCCAAAGGCUUUUGAAGAGCUGUUUCCCGACUAUACCACCGAGUGCUUCCCGCAGGACUUACCAGUCCCAGAACCCUUCGUACAAAAUAACUUGAUGAGAAUUUGUUCUGAGGAACCAAAGUUCCAGUCACACUUCCCAGAGACCUGGUUGUGGAUUUCUGGACCUCUGUGCUUGUACUGUGUGGAAAGGCUGUACCGCUACAUACGCAGCAAUAAACCAGUCACAAUAACUUCAGUCAUCAGCCAUCCCUCCAAUGUCCUUGAAGUGAGGAUGGUGAAAGAUGACUUUAAAGCAAGGCCUGGUCAGUAUGUUAUUCUACACUGUCCAAGAGUGUCCACCUUGGAAAGCCAUCCAUUCACCCUCACAAUGUGCCCUACAGAUACCAAAGCAACGUUUGGGGUCCACCUUAAAGUAGUAGGAGACUGGACAGAAAGAUUUCGGGAUUUACUGCUUCUACAUUCAAAUCAAGAUGCAGAGAUUCUGCCCAUCUUUCAGCAGAGACGCUAUCCCAAACUGUAUGUGGAUGGACCAUUUGGAAGUCCCUUCGAGGAGUCCCUGAACUACGAGGUCAGCCUCUGUGUGGCUGGAGGUAUUGGAGUUACACCAUUUGCAUCAGUACUCAACACAUUGCUUGAUGACUGGAAAUGCUACAAGCUCAGAAGACUCUACUUCGUUUGGGUGUGCAGGGAUGUUGAAUCUUUCCGUUGGUUUGCAGAUCUGCUCUGUAUGUUGCAUAACAAGCUUUGGCAGGAGAAUCGACCAGACUAUAUAAAUAUUCAGCUGUACCUCAGUCAAACAGAUGGAAUACAGAAAAUAAUUGGUGAAAAAUACCAAGCUUUAAACUCAAGGCUUUUGAUUGGACGACCCCGGUGGAAACUCCUUUUUGAUGAAAUAGCAAAGUGUAACAGGCGGAAGACCAUUGGAGUUUUCUGUUGUGGACCAAACAAAAUCUCUAAGAUACUUCAUAAACUGAGCAACAGCAGCAACUCUUACGGGACAAGGUUUGAAUAUAACAAAGAAUCCUUCAGCUGAAAGUCUCUUCGACUAGCAAGACUCUCUAGAAGAUAAAAGUGCAAUUUUUUAUUUGUACAAUUUAAAAGUUCAACUGUGGUUUAAACAGACAGAAAUGUACCAAAGAGCACAAAUUUUCAUAUUUAUGAUUAUUUAAGAUGUUGGAAAAUGAUGGAUAUAGCAGUAUACCAACAAAUAUGUGCUUAUACUCAAACCUAAAUGCUUUCACAUAACACUGCCUGUAGUGAUUCUUUGGAGUUGUUUCUCUUAAUUAAAAAGUAUAGAAGCUGGGGAGAGACACAAUUGCUUUAAAAGCUGAUGGAAGAAUCCAUGAAACCUUUGAACUUCAUCCACUUCAGUUCUCUGAAGAUGGGUCAGUAAU